UUCUCAGUCUCACAUUGAUGUUUUGUAAAUAAACACCAAUUAGAUUCAUAGUUUUGUUGUAUACAUAGAAGUGGUGUAAAUACUGUAUAAUGUAUUUGAACUGCUUAUUUGCGUUUUCUUGAGAAACAGGGGCCACCUUUUUAUGUCCUUUCCUUUUUUUCUAGCUUUUUAAAAAGCAGACUAGCAGACAUGUAUAGUAAUAAUAGUAUUAUUUCCUUUUCCCUUCUACCUUCUUUCUAUGGGACCCUGAAUUCAUACAUUUGGGGUUUUUCUCUCUCUACAUUCAAACGCUGCUGCAAGUGAACCCUCGUCUACUUUCACAUUUUUAGGACAACAAAAAAUCCAGACAGAGUUUCUUGGAUUUUGCAUGAUCUNNNAUUACAGAAAUGACAAGGUUAGCCCGCGGUUUUAGCUACUCGCUACAAAAGGAUGUGGUCUCACCUGUGUCGGCUGACGUGAUUUUUGCCUCGACCCAUUUUCCCAAGUAUAAAAUUGGGGCAAACAAUCAGAUUUUGGAGGUCAAAGAGGAUCCAAACAUGUUGACCAUGAAGGAAAUAGUUGCCCGAGAGACCACAUUGUUGUUUGAGAAACAGCAACGCCUCUCUGUACGUGAUCUCACAAAUAAGUUCGAAAAGGGACUUGCUGCUGCAGAAAAAUUGUCAGAUGAGGCAAGAGUUAAAGAGGCGGCUUCUUUGGAGAAACACGUGCUUCUGAAAAAACUUCGGGAUGCACUCGAAGCUUUGAGAGGGCGCGUAGGUGGAAAGAACAAAGAUGAUGUGAAGGAAGCUAUUUCUAUUGUUGAAGCUUUAGCGGUUCAGUUAACUCAGAGAGAAGGAGAGCUAAUCCAAGAGAAAGCUGAAGUGAAAAAGCUGGCAACUUUUCUAAAGCAGGCUUCGGAAGAUGCUCGAAAGCUCGUUGAUGAGGAAAGAGCUUUUGCACGUUCUGAGAUUGAGAAUGCAAGAGAAGCAGUGCAGAGAGUUGAGGAGGCUCUUCAGGAGCACGAAAGAAUGUCUAUAGCUUCAGGAAAGCAGGACUUGGAUGAAUUGAUGAAGGAAGUUCAAGAAGCUAGGCGAAUUAAAAUGCUGCAUCAGCCUAGUAAGGUCAUGGACAUGGAACAUGAGAUUAAUGCAUUAAGGACUCAACUUGCAGAAAAGGCGAAAUGUUCAUUACAGCUCCGGAAAGAGCUGGCAAUUAGCAAGAAAGGUGAUAAAAACACGCCCAAUUUGUAUGAAAUAGACGGCAUAGAGGCAUUGGGUUCAUGUCUGCAGAUAUAUCCAUGUUUGGACAGUGCUCCCGAUCUUUCUGAAAGUACUAUUCAAUGGUACCGGUUGACAUCUGAGGGUGACAAAAUGGAACUUAUAUCAGGGGCCAACAAACCUGUAUAUGCUCCAGAGCCCUUUGAUGUUGGACGAAUAUUGAAAGCCGAUAUUUUGACUGAUGAUCGCCGCUUAAUAACUGUGUCAACCUCUGCUCCUAUUGAUCCAGCUGCUGGAUUGGGUAACUAUGUAGAGGCACUGGUACGAAGGCACGAUAUUGAAUUCACCGUCGUCUUAAUCCAGAUGAACGAAGUAGAUCGACCGUCAGAUUCCAUCCAUGUCCUGCACAUAGGGAAGAUGAGAAUAAAACUUCGAAAAGGGAAAACAACAAUAGCCAAGGAGUAUUAUUCUAACUCAAUGCAGCUUUGUGGGAUUAGAGGUGGUGGAAAUGCGGCAGCUCAGGCAGCAUAUUGGCAAGCAAAGAUUGAAUUGUCUUUUAUCUUAGCAUUCGAAUCCGAACGUGAAAGGAAUGCCGCAAUAAUGCUAGCGAGAAGAUUCGCAUUCGACUGCAAUAUUAUGCUUGCUGGACCUGAUGACAGAUCUGCUUGAGGCAUUUUACGUAUGUCGACUCUAAACAAAACUGCAGUGUAGAAAAUGUAUUAUAUUUAUAGCCAAUUUGUUAGUGUCGUCUUGCAUUACAGAGUCUUUUCUGGAGUGAAUAUAUAUAUAUAUACCUUGGUUUGGUUUUAUCAGUUGCUAGGCAUGUUUUUUUCAGUUGCCCUGUUCUGNAGUAUUUGUAGCAUUUCAUAACUAUAUUAUUUCUUUGCAAUGCUUGUGAUCCUGGUGAUUGACAUGUGAUGGUGUUUAGAUUUUUGUAAUUCAUAAUCACGGGUGU